UUAUUCUCCACUAAUUUUUGUUCAGUACCCAUCCCACCAAGUGUCAACUUUUUGAGUUUUCUUCUACACCCAUUUCCUGAAUCAGUCCCACAGGCCAGUCUACCAUCUAUGUUUGCCAUCAAUCUGGAGCUGUUUUCCAUCGAUUACAGUACUGCGUUUUCUCCAUGUGUUAUCCUCAAAACAUUUUGAUCCUAACGUUGCCGGAAAGAAAAACAUGAAUAGCGCAUUUGGAGUGCUGACAUUCGUGUUUUUCUUGUUUUGUUCCAAAGUUCCUUUGAGUAAGUCCCAAGGUUUUGACGACGAGAAACCCGCAGCACCGCCGCCGGAAGUAGAAAGCUGCAAUGGGAUUUUCUUGUCCUAUGAAUUCAUUUCUCGGAAGAAAGAAUACCCCCAUGUGAAGAAUGCGACGGCACAGUCCUGGGCCUUCAAUGCCACCGCAACCAUAUUGAACACGGGCACAGUCGAGCUCAAAGCAUGGAAGAUGUUCAUCGGGUUCCAACACGAUGAGAUUCUAGUCGGUGUUAGUGGUGCGGUUUUGAUGGAGGCUGAUGACUUCCCGGCUCCGGUCGGGAACGGGACCCAAUUUUCAGGGUCUCCUCAGGCGGAUUUGAAGACGUCGAUCGACACGGCAGGAGAUCUUAGCCAAAUUCAGGUGCAGAUUAUGAUACGUGGCACUCAGUUUGGGGUGAAGCCGCCUGGGAUUCCAAUGCCUAGCACAAUACGUCUCGUCAAUGAUGGAUACAAAUGCCCAGCACCGACUCGGCGCAAGGCAUCGAUGCAUGUUUGUUGCACUCGGAAUCCGAAAAUUAAGGCUAAAGCUCUGAAAACCAAGUUCUUACCACGCCAGAAUGGAGAUCUUAGCAUCUCCUACGAUGUUCUUCAAGCCUAUCAAAAUAAUUAUCUUGCUCAGGUGACCAUGGAGAGCAAAAACCCUUUAGGACGUCUUGAUCGUUGGAACUUGACCUGGGAGUGGAUGAGAGGGGAAUUUAUAUUCACAAUGAGAGGAGCCUACACACGUAAGAAGGACUGUGCAGAUUGCAUUUAUGGGAUGGCAGGACAAUAUUACAAUGAUAUGGAUUUUUCAAAAGUCAUGAAUUGCCAAAAAAGGCCUAUCAUCGGUGACUUGCCUCGUGAGAGAGCAAACGAUACAGAUGUAGGCAAGUUGCCCUACUGCUGCAAAAAUGGUAGCCUUUUGCCACCCAUCAUGGAUGUAAGCAAAUCAAAGUCUGUUUUUCAAUUGCAGGUGUUUAAACUUCCGCCUGAUUUGAAUCGGACUGCUCUUUAUCCUCCAGAGAAAUGGAAAAUAUUUGGCGUUCUUAAUCCCGACUAUAAAUGUGGAGCGCCACUGAGGGUGGAUCCAACAGAAUUUCCAGACCCCAGUGGGCUUCAGGCAACGAGCACAGCAAUUGCGAGUUGGCAAGUAGUCUGCAACAUCACAAAACCAACCAAAAGAAACACUAGGUGCUGUGUGUCUUUCUCUGCCUAUUACAAUGAGUCUGUUAUACCUUGUAAUUCAUGUGCCUGCGGUUGUGAUGGAGAUAAAAAAUGCAAUCCGGAUGCCCCUGCAAUGCUUCUCCCUCCAGAAGCUCUUCUUGUUCCCUUUGAGAAUAGGACAGAGAAGGCCAUAGCUUGGGCUAAAAUAAAGCAUCUUCAAAUCCCUAAGCCAUUGCCCUGUGGGGACAAUUGUGGGGUUAGCAUAAAUUGGCAUGUCAACUCAGACUACAUGAGUGCGUGGACAGCCAGAAUGACACUAUUCAAUUGGGGGGAUCUGACUUUUGAGGACUGGUUUGCUGCGAUUCAAAUGAAGAAAGUUUGUCGUGGUUAUGAAAAUGUCUACUCUUUCAAUGGUACUUUAGUUCCGGAGCUGAACAACACUAUCUUCUUUCAAGGUUUACCGGGCUUGAAUUUUUUGGUAGGAGAGACAAAUGGAUCAAACCCAAGAAAAGACCCUAGAGUGCCUGGAAAGCAACAAUCUGUCAUUUCCUUUACAAAGAAGCUAACCCCGGGUAUAAAAAUAGUAAAAGGAGACGGGUUUCCUUCGAGGGUCUUUUUCAAUGGUGAGGAAUGCUCGCUUCCUACACAUUAUCCUACAAAAAACGGAAAUGACCGAGUUUUUGUAAAUUUAGUUGUUGACAUUUUUCUUAUACUCAUGACCACCUUGUUGCUGUUGGAAAAUCAUCAUUGACAAGCAAUUAGGUGGUCAUGUACUGUUAGCUAUUUAUAUUAUAUGCUUUAGGAGGCUAAUCAAUUAGACGCCAAAAGCUAGAGUCACUUGUAGAAAUUAAACAAUCUUGUAUUUCCUUUUCAUAGUCCAGAUCAUCUUAGUUAAAUAAUUCAUAAUGCUCCCCUAAUCGUUUUGUCUGGUUGAACAAAACAAA